CGUAAGUUAGUAUUGCCCCAAUAUAUUUCGCUUUAUGCACGUUAAAAAUCGACCGUUGAAGCCCUGUUUUCGAAGUGCAACGGUUCCUGAAAAUUCUUCUUCUUCUUCUUCUUCUUCUUCUUCUUCUUCUUCUUCUUACUAUCUUUCUAAUUCUGCUAUUAACGAGGAGGCCACAAUGGGCGCUAAAACAGGGUCUCAAAUCUCAUCAGAACGUCAGAAGUGGGAUAAACUCUUUGAGGGUUUAGUUAAGAUGCUUAAAACCCAGCAACAACAGCUUGAAACGCUGGCUAAAGAAAGAAAGAUUCUCGAAGAUAGGAUCAACAUGCAAUAUGAACGGUGGGUCUCUGAUGUUCGCCUCUAUGAAGAUCACAUCUCUCAUAUGAAGAGGGGUUUGGAAUCGAAAGAGAUGGCGCGUGUGCUUGAGGCUGCAAAAGCCGAUUUGAUGGUAGGAAUGAAGCACAGAGAAGCUCAUCUUUGCAAAAUGAAAUUAGAGGAAACAGAGGAUGAACUGACUGAUUUCAGAAUCUGGUUUGACAUCCUCAGUAAAAAUUCAGAAGAUACUUGUCAAAGGGACCCCAAAGAAACCAAAAAAGGAAUGUCAGGACUUAAGCAUAGUGGUUCAAAAUAUGUUACUUUGAGGACAUUGGAAGAUGAUGUAAGAAGGCUAAAGCUUGAAUGUGAAAAUCUUGCUUCAGAAAAGAGUUCUCAAGUCGCUGCACUUAUGGCUGAGAAUAAGUUUGCAUGGAAUCAGUUCAAUGUUCUGGAAAGUCAAUGCACAGAUAAAUUGAACAGCAAGCAUUCUGAACUUGAAAAAGCUAACAGGAAAGUUGAGGCACUUAUUUCCAAUAUGGAGGAGCUAAAGUCAUCUAAUGCUGGAAAGGAUGAAAUAAUUGAGAGAUUAAAAGCUGAAGUAUCUCAGAAGGAGGCUGAUGCGAGUAGAUUACAUGAAGAAGUGUCUAAAAUUUCUAGGGAGGUAGAAUUGUUAAGGAAGUCCAGAAGUGCUUCUUGUACACCUGUAAUAAAACGUUGCACUGCAGACAGAAGAACUUCUGUUCUUGAAGGUAAGAAUAGUGGCAGGGAUGGAUGCAACGUUAUUGUGGAGAAAGAAAGCUCUGCUCCUCAUGUUCCUGACCUUGUGAAGGACAAUGAAAAGGGAAUCAGAAGCUUGAAGAGAAAAAAAGAUGAUGCUCUAUCCAUUUAUGAAAUUCCAAAGUUGUUCACUUCUGCAUUUAAAGUUCCCAGAUUGAAAGCCUCCUCUCGCAAGACAAGAUGACCUGUACCAUCUUCUUGGCUUGGAGUUUGCUCUUCCAUGUACUUUUUGUUUAUUCACUGCAAUCUUGGCAGUUUAAACGAUGUAUAUUUGUUCCAUACCCUGAAGCACCAAUGAUAAUUUGUACAUGGCUAAUUAUUAAUGAAUUAGUGUUUGUGAUUGUCAUAUCUGUCUGGACAUCUUUUUUACGAGUGGUGAAUGCUAUUAUGCUGAUACAGAAGGUAGAGUGCAAAAAUUCUAAAGCCAAUUUUAUGGGCUG